UCGUGCUAUCAGUCAGUUUACAUCACUGCUGAUGGGUUACGAAAUUAUGUUUUAACGAUACGAAACGAAAAUAUUAUUUUAUUUUUAUAGAAUAUGAUAAGAUGGCUUAAAAUGAUCCAAAGAAAAACUGUGUUUUACAUGUUUUUAUUUUUAUAGUAUUUUACUGUUAUAUUAAAAAAGUGUAACCUUCAAUAUGUUUGUUCAAAGUUCUUAUUAUCAUGUGAAUUCUAUCGUAAAAUAUCCUUGGAAGCAAUGUACACAGUGCAUAAGACUACUAUCGUCUCAAGUUUUGGAGCACAGCGUUGCAAAUGAAGGUCCUUGGAAUUUGUACACGGAAAAAGUAGCCAACAAAAGUCUAAGUCAAGAUACCCAUCAGGAACAAGUUGUACAGCAUCUGCAAAAAGUUUAUCAAGAAGUAACAACUUUCAAUCGACCUACAAUACAGUCACCGCAGAAUGCCUUGUUCAGAUUUUUUAAGAAAAAAGAACCAGAAAAAAUUAUAGCACCUAAAGGUCUUUAUAUAUAUGGAAGUGUAGGUGGAGGUAAAACCAUGCUAAUGGAUCUUUUUUAUGAAACAGUCCCCAUUAAAGAAAAACUUAGAGUGCACUUCAAUUCAUUCAUGUUAAAUAUACAUUCAAGAAUUCAUGAAUUGAAGAUACAAUCUGGUAAAGGCGCAAGUUCUUUUAGAGAUGAAGCAUCCAAGCCUUUUGAUCCAAUCCCUCCAGUGGCUGCUGACAUUACACAAGAAUCAUGGCUUAUUUGUUUUGAUGAAUUUCAAGUAACAGAUAUAGGAGAUGCAAUGAUUCUAAAGCGACUGUUCACUCAGCUGUUUGACAAUGGUUGUGUUAUCAUAGCAACUAGUAACAGAAAGCCGGAUGACUUAUAUAAAAAUGGUCUCCAAAGAUCAAAUUUUCUCCCCUUCAUACCUAUACUGAAGGAACACUGCACAGUUAUACAAUUAGAUUCUGGUAUAGAUUAUAGGCUAAGGGGCUCAGGCAAUAAGUACAGUAAAUUUUUCAUUAACAGUGAAUUGAACGAAGGUGAUAAUGCUGUAAAUACCCUUUUUAAAUACUUAGUAUCAAUGGAGACUGAUACUGUUAGGCCUCGGGUUAUAAACAUCAUGGGACGGAAUGUGAAGUUUGCUAAAUCCUGUGGGAGAGUACUUGAUUCUACAUUUGAGGAGUUAUGUGAUAGGCCACUUGGCGCUAGUGAUUAUCUUGUGAUAUCGAAGACGUUUCAUACUGUGUUCAUACGGAAUCUUCCACAACUAUCUAUUAUGAAGCAUAGAUCUCAGCUACGUAGAUUUAUUACCCUUAUUGACACCUUGUAUGACAAUAGAGUUCGAGUUGUUAUUGCAGCGGAUUGUGAACCAAAGGAUCUCUUUAGGAUGGAUGAAAAAGAUGGAUUUGGCGACGCGGAUAGAGCUCUUAUGGACGAUUUGAAGAUAACUAAAGAUUCGGAUGAUGCAAAAGCAGCUAUAUUCACUGGAGAGGAAGAAAUGUUUGCGUGUGAUCGAUGUCUCUCGCGCAUUAUGGAAAUGCAGACAGAUGAAUAUUGGGACAAAUGGGGCAAGAAUGUUAACUGAUUCUAAUAAUAAAAAUAGUUAAUUUAUACCCGACUGACUACAUAUGACUUAGUACCAAUAUUGUAAUAGUUAUAAAAACCAGUGUGAGCGUGGGUUCAACUGAUUUUUUUCCAUAAAAUGCUUCACAAUAUUACUAUUUAAAAUUAGUAAAAAUACUUCACUUUAGAAAAUUAUUGAAAUUAAAAGACUUAAAACUUCUUUUAGUGGUCAGUCGGGUAAAACGUCCCUAGUAAAUGUGUACUAUAUUUUAGUCAAAACUAACAAUUUAACAUAUCUCAAUAUUAAACCUUGUUUCUGUUGUUUUUUUGUAAUACCUUUUAUAGCAAUAACGUUGAGUACCAUUAGUACAAAGAAACAUUUAGAUAAAUAAUACAGUAUUAAAUAACAUUCAUUUCCAUUGUAAUAAGAGAUUUGUCAUUUAUAGUCAAUUGUGUUCUAUAUUUAUUAAAUGUAGUACUGUAUAGUAGAAAAUAGAGAAUGGUAAUUAAAUUAUUUUCUUAUGCAAAUUUUUAAUUUAUUC